GGGAUGAGGCCGCAGGAGAGGGAAGGGACAGAACAGGACGUGAGACACGGAGGGACAGCUCUGGAGGACAGCGGACACACGCUAGGGCAGACAGCAGCGCACACGGACGACGGUAGACGGCCACCCACGGGGGAGGGGCGGCGUGUCCCUGGUACCAGGCCCGUCUGCCUCACGAGGGAGCCGCUCCCCGACCCGCCCGGCGGCCCAGGAGACCACACAGUCCACUCGGCCCCUCGGAGGUGGCGCCUGCUGAAGGUCAGUGGCUACACUGUGCGGCCGGGUCACUGUUCCGGAGGGAAGGCGGGCUCCCGGGGGCAGCACGCAGCGCUUACUCCCAGAUCUCACGGGGUCACCACGUCCUCCAGGGACAGCCAUGUUUUCUCUGUUGCCACAUUUGGGACCCACGGUGCCCCAGAACGGCGCUCAGAUCGCCACAGCCCUGCUCCGUUGCGCCCCAGCCCCCUGCUACAGCCCACCUUGCAGCCCCCAAACCUCCUGCGCCCACACUCUACUCCCCUGUGGGAUGGGAUCGGGGCGACCCUUCACGGGAUUCGUGCCCUUUUAAGAAGAGAUGGUCGUUCUCGCACGGUUCGGGCCCCACUAACCACCGGGGACUACUGUCCUUACACCUGGGCCCAGGUUUCGACGCUGCCCACUGCCCGGAGCUUCGAGGGGCCCAUGAGACAACUCCUCUCCGGGACCCAGUGUGCCUGCGGGGCAAAGACACAGGGCUGCGUCCAGUGUAGCAAGGACCUGGGCGCCGAGGCCCCUGACUCAGUCUCAUGA